AUGGUGCUGUACGUGGCGGCUGCGCCGGGCGGUGUGUGGGCGUUGCCGUGCGCCACGCUGGAGAAUGGCCGCCCAAUCGUUGGGGUUGUGAACUUUGGCCCGGCGGAUUUGCGUUUUCCCCGGCUCGCCACUCGCAUCGCUGCGCAUGAGAUCGCCCAUGCCUUGGGGUUCGACUACGGGAAGAUGGUGGCGGACCGCAUGGUGAAGAAUGUGACCGGCGUGCGUGGCAGGGCGUUGUCGGUGGUGGUGAACUCGACGAACGCCGCGAUGGCUGCGAGGGAGCACUACAACUGCGACAACAUUCAGGGCAUGGAGCUGUAUGACUUCAAGGGGGACGGGACAACGCUGGAGUCGCACUGGUCACAUCGCAACGCGAAGGACGAGCUUAUGGCUCCGCUCGGGGGUGCCGGCUACUACACGGAGCUGACGCUGGCCGCCUUCGCCGACUUGGGCUACUACAAGGUGAACUGGGCGAUGGCGGAGCCGAUGGGUUGGGGCAGGCGGUCGGGGUGUGAGCUGCUGGAAAAGAAGUGCUCUCAACUCGUGAAUAAAUACCCCAAAAUGUUCUGUCAAGAAGGCGAUCCCCACCUGCGCUGCACGUCGGAUCGUUAUUUCAACGGAACGUGCGAUUCGAACAUUGUUGAAAUGUCACCGAAUGGGCAGCCGGAUUGGUGCUUAACGGUUGCGGCUUUGGUGCCGAGGGAGGACUUUAAUCACGUCUUUAAGCAGGAGCAGCAGCAGCGGGGGAAAAAAGGCCCACAAGGUCAAAAGAAGAAGACCGAAAAACUGCCUAAUCCCAUGUGGUGCCUGGACAGGAAGAUUCCACCCAAGGAGGAGAAGGCCGAAGCUGAUGAGAAGGAAGCAUACGAACGACCAGUUGCUGCUGUCUACGCAGAGGUGAUGUGUACCGGAGGAAAGGUCAACCUGAAAACAGGGGGUGGGGUUUUUUUAUGGCAGGCGUGCAAGGCUGGAGAUACAGUCACCGGGAGCCGCCCUCCUUUCAAUAAAGAGGAUGUCAUCUGCCCUGAAUACGGGGAAGUGUGCACGAUAUCCCUUAACGGCAGCAGCGUCAGCCCAGCAGCCGAAUGGGACGGCGAAGAGAAGGUGUGGAAGAGAACGGCCCCUGCUGCCCCUGUGGAGGAGCCAGUGCCAGUGCCAGUGCCGUCAGUGAGUGUUCCCGUUGAUAAGCCCAACAGCGGUGGCGGUGAGCAGUCUGGACGCGCCGCCGCCACCACCACCACCACCGCUGCUGCCACCAGCGCCAGCGCCAGGCCCACAAGAGCGACAGCCAGCUGA